UCACCAGAAGAGGGCAUUCCGAUUCUGCCUUUUCCUACAAAGUUGGCAUGGUUUAUUCAGUCGUGUUUAAAUAGCAUGCAAAACGCUUGCACUUAUGCUGUUAGAAAAUAAAGAAAAAAGAAUCGCAGUGAACAGUGGGCAAGAUCAACCAUAAAGAGCUGCAGAAGAUUUGUUUUGGUGGCGAGCGAAAGUAUCGAACGUCAAUGCUAAUCAGCGCGCGACCGACCAGGUUUACAUUUCUGGGGAGUCUAUGUGCCUAUCAGUCUCGCUAAAGGGAGUAUGAUGUAUCUCCAGUACCCUACCGUGAAAACGGGUGUUAACAUAUCUUGUCACCAUGGAUGAACGGAAGUUAACGAGAGCAUUUCAAGCGGAAUCCCAGAACUUCGACGGAAAGGUGAUUUUGGAUUGACUUCUUUGACUUGGAUGUGGAUUUCUGUUUUUGGUGCCGUCGCGCUGUUUGGUGUCGGACAAGUAUCAAGUCAUUUCUUUACGCGGGAACAAUUUAUGGAUAGCCGGUACUAGACAACACAAUCAGUGUCGCUGGUGUUGGAAGUAAGUGAGUCAUGCUACAGGGGGGGAAAAAACUACGGAAUUGACACGAAUAUACAUCUGAGAGGGGUACAUUUCUAGUGCAGGAACGGGCAGGUGCGCAUUGGAAUCGGCGACUGCGCGAAGAGACUGGGGUUGUGGACAAGAACGGUAGCCUACCCGUCUGAGGAGAGCGCGUGUCAUGCGGACUCGGAUGUCGCGCGCUAGAAGGCAUUAAAACCUGUGGACAGGAGGUGAAAUAUUCGCGGAUAUGGGUUCUGCCAUGCGGCGUCGCUGGCUGAUGGUGCCACUGCUCAUGCAGGUGUGGCUGGCAGCAACCCCGUCCUUCAGCGAGCGACCAUGUCCCAAGAGCUGCCGCUGCGAUGGUAAAAUCGUCUACUGUGAGUCCAGCGCUUUCCGCGACGUCCCCAAGAACCUGUCCGGGGGCUGCCAAGGACUCUCCCUUCGCUACAACAGCCUGGCAAGCCUGCGAGCCGGCCAGUUCGUAGGCCUCAACCAGCUCAUAUGGCUCUACCUGGACCACAAUUACAUCGCCUCCGUCGACGGCCUCGCCUUCCAGGGCGUCCGCAGACUCAAGGAGCUGAUCUUGAGCUCCAACAAGAUCACGUCGCUCCACAACACCACCUUCCACCCGGUCCCCAACCUCCGGAACCUGGACCUGUCCUACAACAAGCUUCAGGCCUUACAGCCGGGCCAGUUCCAGGGCCUACGCAAGCUGCUAAGCCUGCACAUGCGCUCCAACUCCCUGAAGAGCAUACCGGUUCGUCUCUUCCAGGACUGCAGGAACCUGGAGUUCCUGGAUCUGGGCUACAACCGGCUGCGCAGCAUCACCCGUAACGCCUUCUCAGGCCUGCUUAAGCUCACUGAGCUCCACCUGGAGCACAACCAGUUCUCCAAGAUCAACUUCUCGCACUUCCCGCGCCUCUACAACCUGAGGGCUCUCUACCUGCAGUGGAACCGGAUCCGCUCCAUGAGCCAGGGCCUGACCUGGACCUGGACCUCCCUGCAGAAGCUGGACCUCUCCGGGAACGACCUCCAGGAGGUGGACGCCGGAGUCUACCAGUGUCUGCCCAACCUUCAGACCCUCAACCUGGACUCCAACAAGCUGACCAACGUCUCCCAGGAGACCGUGUCUACCUGGGUCUCCCUAACCUCCAUCAGCCUGGCGGGCAACGUGUGGGACUGCGGCCCCGUGGUCUGCCCCCUGGUGGCCUGGCUGAGGAACUUCCGAGGGAACAAGGAGACAACCAUGAUCUGUGCCGCCCCUAAGGAGGCCCAGGGCGAGAAGGUGAUGGACGCCGUGGACUCUCACGGCAUGUGUCGCGCCAACCCGGCCCCGCCCGUCACCGCCAGCGCCCCUCCUUACCCCUCCAGCAGCCCCGUCCAGACUGAGAGCCGCCCCGCGUUCCCCUCCUCGCCCACGGGAGCCGGGAAACGGGGCGAAGGACCCGGUCGGAGGCCCACGCCGUCGGCCGUCACCCCGCCCGCCCCCCCUCCGCCCGAACACGACCUGGAGCCCGUGUCCUUCCACAAGAUCGUGGCCGGAAGCGUGGCCCUGUUCCUGUCGGUAGCCAUGAUCCUGCUUGUGAUCUACGUGUCGUGGAAGCGCUACCCCAGCAGCGUCAAGCAGCUGCAGGAGCACUCGGCCGCCGCCCGCAAGCGCCGGAAAAAGUCCCGCGAGACGGAACGAACCCUGAGCUCCCCGCUACAGGAGUACUAUGUGGACUACAAGCCCACCAAUUCGGAAGCCAUGGAUGUGAUGGUGAACGGCACGGGACCUUGCACCUACACCAUCUCUGGCUCCAGGGAAUGCGAGGUAUGACCCACACAACCGCCACCUCUCCUACAUAAAGUUCUGUCCGCGGGCGAGGCGACCCGAGGUAAAUGUUCCCCAUCUGAUUCUGUUGGAUGUUACGUUUGUGCCGUGACUUUUUCUGUGUCGGUAACGGCCGCCGUGUCGGUGUGGUCCGGUCGGCAGGUUAUGAAGGCGUACGGCUGAGUGUGUGUUUUGUUGUGGUGUGUCAGACGUGAGUGUCGUGUCACUUUGAUCGGCGUGAGAUGUCAUUGUUCUGGCAGAAGAGGCAUUCUCACAAAGUUCUUCUCGUCGUUGUAGAGCGAAUGUUGUCAAAUGUUAAUUUGAGUACAAACGCGGCUUUCGGACAACCUAUCGUGCAUAAUUUCACAAACUGUACCGCUGGCUUUAUCGUUAUGACAGCUCCAUGAAUGCAGAAAGCUUGUUUGAAUUUCUUCUUUAAAUUACGUUUUUCUCUGAAUCUGACGAAAAUGCUGUGUUGUGUAGAGUUUUCCCCCACACUCAGGGGUUUGGCAUGAUCAUUUGUGAACUCUAGAACGGAAUGUUCAAACAGUGUUGUCACAGUAAACAAACAGGUGUCCCCAUCACAGCUAGAUGACUACAUCCCUUUUCCUGGUUCGCCGGUGACUCAGGGAUCCCAGAAAGCACUCAUCUUCCACCUGCCUUCUGCCUCUCUCUGUCUCAUC